AUGGUGGAGUAUGGUGGAGAGUAUGGUGGAAUAUGGUGGAGAGUAUGGUGGAAUAUGGUGGAGAGUAUGGUGGAAUAUGGUGGAGAGUAUGGUGGAAUAUGGUGGAGAGUAUGGUGGAGUAUGGUGGAGUUUAUGGUGGAGAGUAUGGUGGAGAGUGUGGUGGAGAGUAUGGUGGAGAGUAUGGUGGAGUAUGGUGGAGUUUAUGGUGGAGAGUAUGGUGGAGAGUGUGGUGGAGUGUAUGGUGGAGAGUAUGGUGGAGUAUGGUGGAGUAUGGUGGAGAAUAUGGUGGAGUAUGGUGGAGUAUGGUGGAGAGUAUGGUGGAGUAUGGUGGAGUUUAUGGUGGAGAGUAUGGUGGAGAGUGUGGUGGAGAGUAUGGUGGAGAGUAUGGUGGAGUAUGGUGGAGUAUGGUGGAGAGUAUGGUGGAGUAUGGUGGAGUAUGGUGGAGUAUGGUGGAGUAUGUUGGAGAGUAUGGUGGAGUAUGGUGGAGAGUAUGGUGGAAUAUGGUGGAGAGUAUGGUGGAAUAUGGUGGAGAGUAUGGUGGAAUAUGGUGGAGAGUAUGGUGGAGUAUGGUGUAGAAUAGGCUUGGGACUAGGGUGA